CCACGAUUUUUGUAUACUAAUGAGCGAUAACGAUGAAUAUUACGAUGGUGACGGGUUAGUAUAGAGGGCAAUGGACUCAAUGCCAGCAUCUCCCGAAGUCACCUACAAUUGGGUUGACAUAACAUCAGAUUUCUUUAAAUACAUACAAGAUCUCCAAUUAGGAGAGCUAUUGCACGAUGGACAUCUAUUUGGUUUAUUCGAGGCUAUGUCAGCUAUUGAGAUGAUGGACCCCAAGAUGGAUGCAGGCAUGAUGUGCAAUCGUGGUAACCCUAAGCCCCUGAACUUUCAACAAGCGGUUGCUGCAGGAAAGCUGAAAAUUGAUGACCUAGAACCAAGUGAGAUAAUAGGCAUAAUAGAUGCUACAAUGGCUUGUAUAGUGUCCUGGUUAGAAGGCCAUUCACUUGCUCAAACAGUCUUCACAAACCUAUACCUGCAUCAACCACAUUCUAUAGUGAACAAGACAUUGAAAGCUUAUUGCAUUGCUGUAUAUAAGCUGCUCGAUUGCAUUAGGGAUUGUAUUAACAAGGCUCAGGUGUUUGAAGAAGAAGAUUUCCAACCAAUGGGCUAUGGUUAUCGUUUAGGUUCGAACCCACAGGCAGGCAACGCGUACGACGCUAGUCAGGACGUCACUGAACAAAAGUGCAUCGCUAUGCUUCGUGAGCAGGAGGAGGAGCUUAAUAAGAAAGUUAGGAGCGCUACAGAUGACUACGCCAGCACUUUGUGGGGAGCGCUAGCGGCCCGUAUCAGAUUCACAAGAAUGUUGUACCAAGCACUCCUGUUGAUCACGAAGCGAGAUUCGCAAUCAGGAGCCGAUUGCGUGGCGCUUCUCAACGGCUGUUCUGAGAUGAUGAAAGUCAUCAUCAAGACAGCGCCGCGGGGCACACAACCAGUGGAAAAUUCGGAUUCCCCAAACCCAAUGGGGUUCGAACCGAUGAUCAAUCAGCGCCUAUUACCGCCAACAUUUCCCCGUUACACGCGCAUCAAGCCGCGCGCCGAAGCACUUCUUUACUUCGACGAACUAGUCGCGAGGCUGCGCCACGCCUGGAAGAUUACUUCUUGCUCCAACUUCCAUACGGCAUUGGACUUCUUCAUGGAGUUCAGCCGGGGGCGCGCGUGCAUCCUGUCGCGGUCGGCGCUGCAGCUGUUGUACGUGAGCGGGUCCCCGGCGGGCGCGGCGACUGCCGGCGGGUCCCCCGCGCCUGCGUCCCCCCGUCCCCACCACGCCUUCCUGGAGGUGCUGCGCGACUCUGUCAAGGCCUUUGUGAACCCGCCGGCGCUCAUGCCCACCUACCGCGGAGUGAGUUAUUCUAACACCACCGACCUGUCAGUCUCUGACCGUUCCAUGGCAGGGGCUCGCGAGUUCGUAGAAAACUUCCUAUCUCGCUGCGUGAGGCCAUUUGCGGUGCUACUUCAAGUUUGUGGACACAACCGCGCGCGGCAAAGGGACAAACUGGCUUUGUUGCUUGACGAAUUUGCUGCGCUUCAAGAGGAGGCGGAGAGUGUGGACGCAGUGGUGAGUGGCGCUGCGGGCACUCCGCCGCGCGCUUGCUUCGGCACCUGGAUCCUGUACCACGUAUUACGCGUCAUGAUCGCGUACCUUCUUUCGGGGCUAGAGUUGGAGCUUUACAGCGUGCACGAGUAUCAUUAUAUAUUUUGGUAUUUAUACGAAUUUCUGUACGGGUGGCUAAUAUCGGCAUUGGGCCGCGCGGAAGGUCUGGCGGGUGAGGGCGCCAAGCGAGGUGAUUCCAAACGUAGCGGCGUUAAGAAACAAAAGAAACGCACCAGACCCUACGCCAGGGAAGGACUGAUGUGCCAAAUCUUGCAGAAUAUGUGUGGAGGGUAUUACAAAGCGUUAGUGGCAUUCAAACUACAGGGCAAAAUCAGGCAGCCCCAAUCGGAAUUUGACAACGAAGCCGUGCGGUACAAGCACCGUUUCGCCCCAUUGUCGGUGUUGACACCACCUCAAGUUCAUUAUCACGAAUUCUGCGAAAUGACGCAGCCGUUACAGUACGAAAACCCUGUGAUAUUAUACCUUGGCGGCUGCAAACACUUUCAGCAGGCUCGGUCUCUUUUAGAAACUAUUACAACACCCGAUCAAGAGGUACAAGAUCUCCUAAAGAUAGCCAAAACAAAUUUCGUAGUUUUAAAAUUAUUAGCCGGUGGACACAAAAGGGACUCGACGGUGCCACCCGAGUUUGAUUUCUCUGUACAUAGACAUUUUCCAAUCAUAAAAUUGGUGUAAUAUAGUUUAAGUAUAGUUAUAUUUUCGGUUUUACCUUUGUUCUUUGUGCUUGAUCCCGUUUCGUCUACCAAAAACUAGUUAGUUGUUUCUUGUUUCAUCAUUGGUGUACUCAAUUCAGCUUUUCAAUUGAGAAGUCUACGGUUCGAAUCCCUGUGGCGGCAUAUCCUAAACGAUGUUUAUUUCUAAGUUAUCUACAUUUGUGAAUAGUAUGAUUACCUCUCGCGGCUGCAUGAAGUCGAAACCAACUUCGUGCAGCCGCGAUCGACUACAUGCAGUUAAUGCGUGAAAUUGAUAAUGACUUCACGCAUUAACUUCAAAUAUGUAGUCAAUCUGUUAGCAGCCUAAUGGUGAAGGAAGAAAGUUACAUAUGGAAUACACACAGUUCACAAGCCUUGGGAAACGUGUGAAGUCUCACACAAACCCUAGACUAGACCGUAUCCAGUAGUGAGAUUUAUAAGGGGUUCAUCACGAUGGUACUUAAUUCGGUAAUCAUUCUCCUUUUUCAUCACUUACAC